GACCUGGUGGGGUUAUACUGGGGCAAUUUGCCCUGCCUUUGAUCAUCCUUCAGAGGUGGUAGCAGAGGCGCAAUGGGGAAUAUGGUGGCGAGAUGUGCCUCUAGUGCUUUUGCAGCUUUAUUACAGCGCUGAUAACAACAUAUUAUUGUCUGUUAGAUUUCAAGGGGGCCCAUGCUACCCCUGGCCACCAUUUUAGACACACCCCUGAUUAUUGAGGGUUCUUGUCUGGUGGUUAUUCACAAAGAGCAGUUUCAGUGGCUCCCCAAUAUAACUUCUGACAGAACUGAAGGGAUUUUAAAAUGCUUUGAUUAACAAUAUAAUAAAUUGUGAAUGUAUAAUUGAAUUUUCAUACAUAUUUACGUGUGGCAAAGGUAUAAUAAUUCGAUUAUAAAUCAAAUUAAAUACAGUUGAAUGAGAAAAAGAGUCUGUUUUUGUAAUGAAGUUCCCUGAGUUUUGUGAAUCAACUUGAGCUGCAAUUUUGUGCGACGCCACACUGACCCCUUGUGUUUGAAGAGAAGCACUUCACCCUAUCUUCAUUAAAAGAAUUCCUACCAUAAAUGUCGUCGAAAUAAGUAGUUUAUUUCUCCUGUAAACUACUCAAAUCCAUUAAAAAUCACGAUGUAUAGUGGGAAGAAAACGCGCAGUUAAGUUUCUGAAUGAAUGUUGAACACUUAGGCCCCGCCCCCCCUUCGUCACGAGCGAAAAUACACGGAAGUGGGUCUGAACUUGUCAACAAGAAAGGCCGACUGACAUGGUAACGUACUCGUCUUCUUCGCUUUUUAAAUGUCAUUUUAUCACAUUAUUACCGCCUCUUAGCCACAUAUUAUAGUUUGUUUAGGUAGUUAACUCUUCUAUAAGGUACUUGACGGUAUUUUUUUGCGGUGUCGCCACCUGAAAAAACGCGUUUUAACGAAGACAGAAGUGAGGAUAUUAGCGUUAGCAGCUAGCUCGACAGGAUGCUAACUAUUAAAGCUCUUGUGACUGAAGAGGGUGAGCAGCUGCUCCCUCAAAACGAAACUAUCCCACAGCCUUAUCUCUACUUACAGGCGACUGAGUUUGACAUGUGAAGACUAAAACAAGAUAUCCUGGUAGUUUUAUGUAGCUGGGGAUGAAAGAAAAGACUUAAAAACGGCGCUUUUGUCGGGGGUUUAUUCUCGGAAAUGGUAGUGUUUCUGGCGUCAUUGUGAGAGGAUUAGAGGAAGGAAAUCGCGGUUUGUGUGUGUGUUCGUGUUCGUGUGCGUGUGUGUGUGUGCAAGAUCAAAAUAAGGUCCACAUCAACAGGCCCUGCUUAUAAUUCCCGUGUAUUGUCUUUGUCAGGAAACAACAAUGAAGGGUUUAUUCUGUUCACUGCAGACUUAUUACCCAAAAGUAAAAACAUUAAUGACUCAAUCAGUUGGUUUACAAUCCUCAAUCUUUUUAAUAAGACCUUAGAAAGUUCAGAUUAGGGUGGAAAUAAAUCCCAAUUUAAGUUCCACAGACAUAAAUCAAAAGAGUUAUAGGAAUCAAGCUGAUAUGUUGGAAAAAGUUGCGAUCAUAACCCUGAAUGUCCAUUUCAAGACACGUUGACAGAGGUGGGGGCUUGACGACUCGACUCAAGACUCGACUUUGACUUGAGUCCCGUUUUUGACUUGCUUGAUGAAAUCAAGAAACGAUUUGGACUCACUUGGGACUUGAUUGCUAAAGACUUGAGACUUGACCUGAGCCCAGUGACUUGAAAAGUCAAGUCAAGUCUUUUCAAGUCAUUUAAUACCUUACAACAAGCCCAAACCGUUUAAAAAGUGUCGCAUCAACUGAUAGUCAGAAAUUACGGCCGUUGGUAACACUGUGUUGUGUUGCCAAGUCUGCUUAUUUCCUGCAAAAAUUUUGCUUGUUUCUGGAGGUCUGUUUCCUUAUUUCUCUCACGAAACUUGGCAACGCUGUCUCAAACUCUAGCCUCCCUCAUGACGACAACACCGGGAGGACUGAACAUAUAUCGCUCUGUAAGGACUUGAUUGGGACUCGAAACAAAAAGUUCAGGACUUGGACUUGACUUGGGACUUGUCUGUGUUGACUUGGACUUGACUCGAGUCUUGAGAGCAAAGACUUGAGACUCGACUUGGACUUGCAACAUAACAUAAACAACAUGCGUUUGUUUGUGUCAGUGUUUUAACUGUGUGCCCUCUUUGUCAUCUAAAGUGCUCCUGUUCUCACAUUGCUGUGUAUUUGGUGAAUAGAAGCUGCUGCUAAUUAGAGACGUAACCAUAUGAAAAUUUAACAUCACCAUUAUUGUGACCAAACUUAUCCCGGUUAUCAGUAUUAUCAUGGUAUUGUUGAAAUAUGUUCACAAUGUUUAAAAAGUACUUAUAAACACCCUGAAAUCAUUUAACAAAGUUUUAUUUUGAAAAAACAAUCAAAAUAACACGCAGAAUGAACUUUUCCUGAAUGUUAAAUAACAGGGGAACGAUAAGCUUAAAAAAAACAAAGAUGGGGCCUUAAAAGAGCCAGAGGUAAUCAACACUAGCACUAGUAAUAACAAUGUAAUGUGCCAGUGGCAUAAACAUAAUAACAAAUAGAUAAAAUGUAAAUAAAAUGACAUUCAUUAUUGUGCAAAUUGUAGGAGUCUUCAGUGCUCAAAAAUGUCUACUCUUACAAAUAUAAAACAAUACAACAUGUAAACAAAUAUGUAGUGCAGGUCUUUAAAAUAACAUAAAAUAUGUAAACUAUUAAAAUGAACCACACCGAUUGUCUGUUUUCUCCAUCAUAAGGUGCUGCUGACUUUGUUUACUACUUGUGACUGAAAUUUUAAAAUAUCAGCAUAUUUACUUUCUUGUUUGAGCCGUGAUCUGCGAGGGGAAACUGUGAGCCCGCUGGCACUGAAUAUUCACUCGGAUGGCACGCUGGUUGCUGCGAUGCACAAACGCUUCCUGGCAACCCUCGCAACAAUAAAAAAACAUUCAAGUUUACUAAAGUGCUGCACAAUAAAUUAAAAGAACAGACACUAAAGAAAACAUCAAGAGGAAAUAAAUAAAACAGGUAAAAAAUAAAUAAAUAAAUGAAAUAAAAACACCAAAGGCAUAAAAGACAUAAAAGGACAGAGAUCACACAGCUUUCAUGCUGAGCUAAAAGCCGAGGAAUAAAAAUGAGUUUUAAGACGUGAUCUUUGAUUUAUGAUCAAUCUUUGUUUCCUUCUCUUCACAGGGGAAGUCUUCCUGAACAAAUCUACAAAAAUGGCUCCUUUCUGAUCAUUUUUUUUACCCCGUCAAGCCCUCAGUUUUUAACUUUAUUUCCUGCAUCUCAGAGGAGAGGCGUUUCCACCAUGACCGUCACUUACAACCUCUGCGCCCUUUUAGUUUUCACUUUAACAGGUGAGUGAAUACGCUGUUAUAUCAGUGCGUGUUGAUCUUUGAGCUCUGAGUGUAUCAAGCUGAGGUUUGUUGACAUUUGUCAUGUCGGAGAGCUUUCAUGAUCUGUGAAACACCGGCCUGACUCGCUCUGUUAUCUUUUUUUUUAUUCGCAGUGUGCAGCCGCCUCGAGCCCGCCCUCUGCUCUGGUAAGGAGACAAACUAAUCAGCUCUUUAUUUUAUGUUACGACUGUGGAUAUACGACUGUGCACUAUUCUAACUUCAACCCUCUUCCCUCUUGCCUCGUUGCGUCUUAGCCCGCUGUGGACACACCCUCCAGGUCUUGGACAGUAAAGUGGGAGAGAUCAGGAGUUCUGCUUACCACAGCUGGUCCUACCGCUUUGGCUCCACUUACGACUGCUGGAUCAUCAAGGGGGAGGAGGGAGAACCCAUCAUCUUAAGGUAAGGACAUCAUAAUUACAAUCAUUUGGCUCAAGCUUGAUUUUGACUCGGGAUAAAAACACUGCAUUGGGCUGAACGUCUCGAAGGUAUCCUGACAAGAAUAGACAAUCACAGAGAGACUUAGGAUCAGGAACAGGUUAGAUUUACUCGUGUCGCUGUAUUGGAUGAUGUCACCUGAGAACAAAGUGGACUAACUUGUCGUGGAGGAGAAGAUUAACACGCUCAAAGUCAAAUCACAGCAAGACAAGGAGAAAAAUCCACACGCAGACAAACAGCUUUUAAAAAAUCAGAGACUUGUUUCCAACCAAGUUCAGGUAGGCGACGAGCUGCAACGUGAUUUUCGUCGGCUUGAGCUGUUCCGCCAGCGGGACAACCUGCGUACAUUGGCCUCUAUGCAGAGUUGGCACCGUUUACCUAGAGCCACAUAGUUAUGUAACAGGAUGGGUGUAGUGUCAACAAAAUCACCGCACACAUUAAGAGCCUCCUGUUAGUUGUACUACGAGUUUUAGUUUGGGAAAAAGUACUUUAACAGAUCUGUGGGGUCACCCCCAACCAUAACAAGCAAAUGUAAGAAUUCAUGAGUUCAAGUAAAUUUCAAAUCAUGUACUUUUGCUUUUAUUUAAUCAAAGUGGCUCUCGUUCUCCAUAACCGGGAAUAGCAACAGCAGUGCGGUUAUAUCUACUCGGCAUCCUCGCUGUCAACGUUGGGUGUUAAAUAAGGGACCAUCAAUAAACUACUAGUUGAUGAUCUCAAAAAAGGCUGUUUUCCUUCAAUAACUUCCAUGUCACGUGACCAAUUGACCUAAAAUUGAUUUCAAAUAAUAACACUAAGGUCGGACGAUAAGACACAACUCUUUAUUUCCCGAAUUUGUCCUCUAAACAAAUUUUGUGUUAAAUUUGUUGGCAAAUUUUGAACAUUUCCUUCAAUAGCUUCCAUGUCAUGUGACCAAAAGACCUUAAAUUGAUUUCAAAUAAUAGUACUUAUGUCGACCAAUAAGACAAACAGUAUUUGAUCAGUUUUUAUUGCGUCCCUUAAGUUCUUUGUAGGGAUGGGAAUCAAGAACUGGUUCCAAAUGGUUCAAUCCAUCGACAUUGUUUACACUUCAUUUUAACGAUUCCCUUAACGAUUCCUUUCUUCCGGGUGCUUUGGAAAACAGUUUUGUGAGAGAAGAACAGAGACUUUGAGGAAAACAAAAUGGUAGAUGGAACGAAAAGUAGGCAGAAACCAUCUAAAGUGUGGCUUCAUUUUACUAAGAGAGACGACAACAAGUUUUGAGUUUGUGUAGCGUGGACUGAGUUAGAAGCGUGUAAAAAACACUCAACCCGACCAGAAAAACCCUCAAAAUUUUGCGCGGGACUCCACCCUGUGUAGCCGUGUCCUCUUUUUGGAGAUCCAGAAUAUGGUCACCCUGAUUUGACUUAAUACCAACCAAAGUAACUGCUGUACGAAUAGUUUGGCGUUCGAUUGUUUUUAGACUCUCACUGAAGGUGGCAUACGUCUUUUUCUGUUAUCAAAGACUCAAUACAACUUUGAGUUAACAUUGAAAACUUAUAGUCUAUUUUUUUAAAAUCAAAGAAAGGCAUCAAUAAGGGAAUCGUUAAAGAAUUGAAUCAAUAAUCAGAAUCUUUAAUGGCAUUGAUAUCGAUAAAGUCUUAUCAAUUCCCCUCCCUAGUUCUUUGUGUGCUCCUUACUUUUUUAACUUCGGAGCACCUUGUGAAAAAAGUUUGUGUAAAGCCCUGUGUUUUAUUGUCUCUAACUUUAUUGAUCGAUCUUCUCCUCAGCUUCUCCCAGUUCUCGGCUCGCUGCAGGAAGGAAUGGGUGACGAUAAAAUCCUCGGCUGGCGGAGAGCCCAUCGUCCUCUGCGGCUCCAAGCUGCCGCAGCCAAUCGAGUUCCCGGGGGGGAACAUUUCAGUGACGCACCACUUCCUCCCUCAUCAGUUCCCCGUGUCAUCUUUUCUGCUGAACUACGCCAGAGGUUUGAAAUCCUGAUGUUUUUUUUCUUAGAGUAAAAUCUUUAAAGAUUGAAUUAAACUUUAAAAAGUUUCCCCUCUUCUCUGCAGACACUGGUGAGUGCCCGGUUACAUCGUUCGAGUGCCUCGGGGGCCGCUGCCUGCCCCUCUCUUGGCGCUGUAACGGUCAGGUGGAGUGUCUAAACGAAGGCGCCGGCCUCGGGACAGACGAGCAGGGCUGUGACACGGAAAAAGACACAACAGAACCCUUUAGUAAAUACGGCGACACAGAAGUGGACGACGCCAGAGCCGAGCUGAACACGGUGAGGAACUACGACAGAGACUCAGAGAGGAGUAAACCCGCAGGCUUCGAUUCCGAGUCCGAUCUGUGGUCACUGCUAGGAGAUCGGAAGGAGGAGAAGGCGCAGGUGGAUCGAGAGCAGCCCCAGACUCACAGGGAGCCGGUGGUGACGCCUGCUCCCAUCGAAUGGCCCUGCGGUGGGCUCCUCCAGAACUUCUACGGGACUUUCUCCCCUCCGGCCAUCCGCGGCCCCGCCAUGUUCUGCGUUUGGACUCUAGACCCGCAAGACUCGAGGCCCCUGAGGUUGGACCUGCAGCAGCUGGUUUUAGGGCCCGGGGAUCGACUCACAGUGUACAACAGAGAGCAGGGGAAAGGAGACAUCAUCAAGAUCGUGAGUUUCAGUUCCACCAGAAAUCAGCAGAUAUUUGAGUAAAUUAACCCGCCAAAGUCAGAAAUGUCACGUUAGUCAAAGCUGCUAAAAUCCCCAAAAACGGCGUCGCUCCACAUUUUUUAAAUCACGCUAAUGUCUGACAGUUUCUCGGUUAAAAAAAAAACUGGUUUGGUAACAUCGUGUCCACUCCCCUCAUUUCAACAGAUCACCAGCACCUCCAACUACAAGUCAGUCCAGGUUGAAUCCCACACCGGUCUGCUCUCCAUGACUUACGAGACCCUCCCGGGCUCCGAAGGCAGCGGCUUCAACGCCACCUUCCACGUCGGGACCUACUGCCCCCCCUGGGAGGGCCGCUGCGGAGGAGCGGCGGGAGGUUGCUUCACCCAGGAGCAGCGCUGCGACGGGAAGUGGGACUGCCCGGAGACGGGGAAGGACGAGGAGGGAUGCAGGGGCUGCAGCCUGAACCAGUUCGCCUGCGGGCUCGCGGGGCAGAGGGCGAUGGCGUCCAGCCACUUCGCAGGCAGACCGGUUUGCUACCCCGUCUCAGAGAGAUGCAACUACCAGCUGUACUGCGCUGACGGCAGCGACGAGAGGGACUGUACGGUGUGUCAGCCGGGAACCUUUCAUUGUGACAGCGACAGGUUAGUGUGUUUUUUCAUUCAUUCUGGCUCCAAAUUUAGAGGUUUUAGGCUGAUCCCAGACCACGAGGGCAGUCACAGUCCCUCUACAAGUUCCAGUUCGUCACUGUUUAGCUGUUGUUUCGUUUUUCUCCAGACUGUAUUGCCAAACGAGUCCUCAUUGUGGUCAGGUUAAUUAUCCAGGCUAGGUGUGUUUUGUCUAAAACACAAGGGUGUGAGUCAGAGGGUGUUGUGUGUGAGAAUAAAGAUAGAUAUUUUUAAGUUUGGGACCAAGACUGGAGCUGACGUUUGAGAAUAUCUGCAUGUUUGUAAAAUUGAAUGCGCCUAUGAAGAACUUUGGCUUUUUAGAACAGCCUGAAAUGAACAGUGACGUCUUUUCAUGAUCAGUAAAAGUAGACCAAAACCACAACAGACAAGAAUGACAGUGUCCGUAUUUUUCGCACUAUAUGGUGCGCUUAAAAUCUGUUUGGCUUGCCGGAGCACUGCAGCUACCGUAGCCUCGCGGAGAUAUUGAAUGAGAUAAAUAAAGUUUGACUUUUCUGACUGUUUUGUUUGGCUUAAUGCACUUUAUAAACCGAUGAAAAUAGUUGGGAAUAGACACAUUCGUCGAUGGUGCGCCUUAUAGUGCGAAAAAUACGGUAAUUGUAUUUAAUGGGCUGUGAGCAGGGAGGGGUUUAAUGAGAUCAUUAAAUAUUCUCAGCGACGCCUUAAAAGACAGCAGGGUGACAUUAUUUAUUGUCAGAGAACAUUACAUGCAAAUAUACGGUACAAAAUCAGCAAAUAUGUAAUGACCACUUUGUCCAGAGGGGGCGCCAAAUUCAACACAGACAAAAUGUUCCUCAUAGGAGCUUUAAAAACUUAAAUAAUCUGAUACUUUGAUACUUGAUUGACUUUUUUACAUUUUAUUCUAAUGUUAAUUUAACAGGGACAGUACAAACAACAAUGCCACAAGAAAUAGAAAUAAAGGACGUCUCGCUUCGGUUCAUUUGCAGUCUUUGUUCCUGGUCAGGCUUUAAUGUAGGAUGAAAUAUACUGAAUACGAUAAAUGCAAUAAUACAAAUACAGUGGAUAAUAUAGUGAAUGGACAGGUGACACGAAUAAAUAAACACAGCAACAAAAUUUAGAUUAAACUAUUACACAAGUUAAACUUAACACGAACAUGAACAUCAGCGAAUCGAGGCUAAAAAUUCUGAUUUUAAUAUAAACUUAACUUACUCUGGAUUCAUUCUGAAACUGCAUUAAUGGAAAUAAAAGAUUCAGAAUAAAGAAAGAGCUAAAUUUUUAUAUUUUCACUGGAGCAUCAGAUUGAUUUGAGCUAACGUAGUCAGACUGGUUCAUCCUGGUGAAUUGUGCUGCAUGUACGGUUGUUAAUUCUACAUCAUCCAGCUUUUUAAAAACAGCUGAUUUGACAGACCUCCCUGCGGUAGAGGCGGCCAUCUUGUUUGUUGUUAGUCGUCAUCUUUAAAGAAGGGACUGUGAUUGAUCUAGUAUCCACUGAAGGGAAAUGACAACGCUUUCAGACACACCUGCCAGACAAAAGUGAGGACGAGGCGAGGAUUUAGUAAAAAAAUAACAAACUUAAGAACUUUUUAAUCUGACCUAUCCAGUGUCUUUCCUCAAAUCAGCUUGUCAUCCUGUAUUCUGAGUCGCCCCUCAGCGUGCAGCUCCACCUCUCUCAUUCUCACAUUUUCCGACACACAAACGCUGCAUUGUACUCUGUCCGCAGGUGUGUGUUCGAGAGCUGGCGCUGCGACGGCCAGGUGGACUGCAAGGAUGGAACGGACGAGCUAAACUGCACAGUCAUCCUGCCCCGAAAGGUCAUCACCGCGGCAACAGUGGGCAGCCUGGUCUGCGGGCUGCUGCUGGUCAUAGCCAUGGGCUGCACCUGCAAACUGUAUUCACUCCGGACCAGAGAGUACAGGUAAAUGUUCCCGUAGUUCUCAUGAUCGGAGACAGUCUGUGUAGUCGGAACACGGCGUACUCCACUCAGACAAGACAGACUCUGCUGUUGUUGUUGUUGUGAAGUGAGUGUGAGCCUCCCACAUGCAGAGUAACAAAGCCAGAGUGUGUUACAUCAUGUGUACUCCUCUGACAAAGUUUCAACUCUUUAUGAAGUGAAAACUUUACAACAAAAACGUCACAUGCACACUGAAAAGAUUCACCCUAAAACACAAGAAUCAAAGUGCUCUCAGCGUGUGACGACGACUUCAUGAGUGGAUGUGUCUUUUGCAGCUUGUUUGCGCCAAUCAGCCGCCAGGAAGCGGAGCUUAUCCAGCAGCAGGCUCCUCCUUCGUACGGUCAGCUGAUCGCCCAGGGCAUUAUCCCCCCUGUGGAGGACUUCCCCACAGAAAACCCAAACGAGGUGAGAAGAAAGAGCACAGAAGAAGCUUGGACUAGUCUGCAGAAAAGCACAUUGUUGUUGUAUUUAUCUAGAAAUUAGUCGCAUUGGAACGUCCCCUCCUUUGACUCUGAUCCAGGGUUUGACACAAACUUUUUUUCACAAGGAGCACACAAAGAACUUUAGGGACACAAUCAAAAUUGAUCAAAUAAUGUUUGUCUUAUUGGUCGACAUAAGUACUAUUAUUUGAAAUCAAUUUUAGGUCUUUUGGUCACAUGACAUGGAAGUUAUUGAAGAAAAUUUGCCUCUAAAUUAAACACAAAUAUUUUAGAGGACAAAUUCAGGAAAUAAAGAGGUGUGUCUCAUUGGUCGACAUAAGUACUAUUAUUUAAAAUCAAUUUCAGGUCAAUUGGUCACAUGACAUGGAAGCUAUGGAAGGAAAACAGCCUUUUCUGAGAACAUCAACUAGUAAUUUAUUGACGGUCCCUUAUUCAACACCCGACAUUGACAGCAAAGGUGCCGAGUAGAUUUAACCACACUGCUGUUGCUAUUCCCGGUUAUGGAGAGUGAGAAGACACCGGUAGACCCGCAGUGAAUGUCCGUCAGAUAUCCAACCUAAAGGUCCUUACACACUGGGGCUGACGCGAAUAUAGAACGCAAAAUUACAAAAUAUUAUGAGGCGAAUUUUGACGCCUGACUAUACACAUGAUUUUGUGACUUUCCGGGGGAAAAAGACGCAUCCCGGGGAAAGUCCUGCCUCCUUCGCCUCUGAUUGGUUGGAAAAGCUGGAAACGUCAUCACACUCUCAAGCCAAACGGUCAGCACUUAUAGCCAAUGAGAGGUGAUAAGAUAAGCACAUGAAACUAUUGUAACAACUGUUAGCUUACGUUAGCACAGAUGAAAGUUAAAACAAAGACGUUUAGCAAACUGUUAAAGCACACAAAACAUCAUCAUAUGAGAAAUCCGACGCUAUGACUCUCCACAAGUUGUCCUUCAGGUCGUUAUCUUUGUAAUGUUUGUGUCUCUUAUCAAAAAUCACUCUGUUCUCUGACACGUAAACAAUCAGCCGGUCGGCCAUGUUAGAUAUACCGGUGAAUCAGACGUCGCAACAACACGAAAUCUGAUUGGUCAGAAGUGGACACACAGUAUACGAAACUUUAGAAAAAUCAACCGUGAUCCGAAAAAAUUAAUUCUGCAAUAUCACAGGACGGGAAAAUAUCGCUGAUGUGAAUGCUUGUGUUGACAGGAUACGGGUUCUUAAAAAAAAAUAUUGACGUCUGAAAUAAUCGCACUAAAAAAACGCUCCUGGUGUGAAAGGACCUUAAAACUAACUUCACUGCGGUAUUUACAUGAAAAAACAUUUGUUGCUGAUUUUGUUAUAUACGCACAUGUGCCCCUAAAUACAUUUUACGAUACACACACAUCUAUAUUUAGUCGCAAAUGUGAGUGAAACAGUCACACUCUCGAGCCCUGUGAUCCCUCAAAAGUUCAAACCCUUAAAAGUUUUAAAAAGUGUUUAAUUUAUGCGACAUAUUUAAGUUUAAAUGAACCCAGUUUGAUAAACUUGUUGAGUCUGUAUCCAGAGUAGCUCUUAGUGCCUUAACUCAUGUGCCUCUCUGUAGCGGCCUCAUUAAUCCUCAGCAGGCUGUGUGGGCUGCAGUACGAGGAGAAUUAAGACGGAGCUAAUGUGCUGCGACUGUGCUGGUUCACACUGAGGUGCUCUCAAACUCGUGGGGGAGGACACACGAGGUAGCAGAGGCGGACGGAUUAAGUGUUUGAAACAAAGUCUGCUCCCUCUGAGAGGAUUUGGCAAAGAUUCGUACUCCUCGCUGACCUCGGCUCGGAGUCGUGUUCAGGGUUUCAGAUGUCGGUGAAAAUGUUUAAGCGUCUUUCUCGCUCUCUUUUCCAGACCUCGUCUCUGUCCCUGAGGGGAAUUCUCCAGCUCCUCCGCCAGGACGCCGCCAACUCCCCUCACCGCAGACGCAGGCCCCGAUUCGUCCGCCGGGCCGUUCGUCGCAUGAGACGAUGGGGUCUCAUCCCCAGACCCCCCUCCAGGCCGAGUCAGGCAUCGAGCUCCAACCAGCAGCAGACGGACGCCGCUCCUGCCGGUCAGGAACCCCCUCACUCCACCCCCACCAGCUCCUCAUCGGCCGUGGAGGCAGUCAACCAGCCGGUGCCUCAGAAACUCGGUUUAUUGGCUCAGACGGAGCAGCAGCAGCAGCAGGAAGCCCCGCCUCCUCUGCUCCCGCCGCCGACAGCUUCCCCGCCCCCGCCUCCGUACGCGCCCCCAGCUCCACCGCCAUCCACUCCUCCCGUCCCCCCCAGCAGCCCCUCUCUGGCCUCCAUCUUCCAAACUCUGGGCCUGAGUAUCUCCCUCUUCAGAGCCUCGCCCUCCUCUUCCUCCUCUUCUUCCACUAACUCCAUGCCCCUCUCCGCCUCGCCAUCCUUCUCCUCGUCCUCCUCAGACGACGAGGUCUUGCUCAUCCCUCUUUCCGAAGACACCACCUCAGAGGACGACGUACCCAUGCUCACCUGAACGAACCCCUCCCCCACCCAACACCCCUCUGUCGUCUUCUUCACCCGCUGAUUAAAAUCGAUCGUAUUCGCAUGGCGGCCGUUUUUCCGCGUCAUAAGCAGGAAGCUCAGACGCUCCCCGCCUCGAGAGGAAAGCGGCUUCCGCGCGAAUACGGCGACUCGAACCCCCCCCUAGUCUUUCCACGCUUGUUUGAACUUGAGCACAGGAGUGUGGCCCACAGCAAGACUCACCCCACACACACCGUGCAAGUCUGGUGCCUUUUUGAAAUUGAGUUGUGGACUUAACGGAAUCAAAGUAUUCGACUUUUUCCUCUUUCGUUAUUUUUCCAAGAGACCUCCUCGAGAAAAGUUUGAGACGCGAGCGCACGGCCGACCGCGACGUACCUUUGAGCGUCGGAUGUGCACUUAAAGAAACGCCAGGCUGCACAUUGAAGGUAAACUUUUGCACAGAAGAAUCUUCCCUAUCCUGAAAUGGAGGCAGGCUGCUGUCGGAUUGAAUGAUUAGAGUUUUUUCUUUUUUUUUUUAAUUUUAGAUGAUAUGAUGGAAAAUAUUGUGUUUGUAUGACUGCAUCGGUGUGAAUGCAUUAGCAUUUCAGUCUUAUGUUGACAGUGGAGUACGUUCGUAGACGUGGAUUAUCUCAUACUUCCGCCAUCUGCAUCCAGUCUCCCGUUUUAUCACGGAUGAUUUCUAGAGAAGCGAAUCAUUUCUCCCCUAUUUAAGUGCCUUUUGAGGAGUUCCCCCCCCUGUAGACGGUUUCGAAGAGUUUCGGAUUUUUCCUGAUUCUCACACUGCACACCGAAAAACACACAAAGGCACGUUUUUCUCACAUUACGGCACGCAUUGACACAUCAGAGGCUUUAUUAUAAGAGAAAAAGUAAACGCAUGUCUACUCUGCAAUAACUAUUUGGGACCCAUAUUUUCAUACUUAUACCUUGUCGUACCUUUCCCAAGUGAAUGUAUGUAAUCUACAAGUGUCAAAACGACAAUCCGGUGCCUGACUAUAGGACGUGUGUAUGUGUGUGUGUGUAGUGUGCACAGGAAGAUGAGGUGUAGAGGGCCCUGAUUUCAUAAACAACACCUCGACUUGAAUCUUCAACCCUUGAGGGGAACCGAUCACUACAGAUCUAUGGUGUGCCAUUUGUAUUAUUGUACAUUUUAUUGUGUUUUAUUUUUAACAGUUCCCUUAUUUCCUUUCCUCUGUUUUUUAGUUUCUGUUCUGCUUCGUUGAAUGUAUUUCGGGUCGACGCGGAGGUUUUAAAUUUGCAAAUGUCCGGAUGAUGUAAUUAAGAGAGAAAUUGAUUUUAUGGUUUAUUAGGGUCGACUUCACUGUAUAUAAGUAAAAAAAAAUGUGGCUGAGAUUAAACAAUUUGCACUUUUAA